CGAUGAAUCGAUUUGGCACAUUGUCAACAAAGCGCUGUAUAUUGAAUUCUUGGGGAGAGGUAAAUCUUUGCUUGGUUGCAUCUGUCGGCGUUGCUUGUAAAAAUAUCUGGACGAAAUGGGCAAGCUAUGGAAGCUGCUCCUUUUAUGUCUCCUUGUUACUUUAUCUUGCUUGGCAAAUAUCUGCAAUAUACUGUUGAACAAUAUAGCCAAUGUGGCGAAGAAUAUUUAUGGCGCUGAUUCAUUUCCAAUGACACAAAUUGAUUAUAGUUCGAUACAUGCGAUCCAUAUACAUCCGUGCUAUAUUUCAAAGACUAUACCCAGGAUUAGCCUUGUGCGUUUGGCGGCGUCACAUUAAUGUAUUUGAGUCACUAGGCUUGAGGUUCCGCAGUGUCUAAUAAAUG